GAUACUUUGACAGAACAAAGAAUACCACUACAAGCUUCACCACCAAGGUCAAAUCGAAAUCAUGGCGGAUCUCAACCCUUCCGCGACUGCUGUUCAGGACCAGGAUAUUAACCCCUGGUCCGUUGAGGGAGCUCAAGGCGAGAACGGCGAAGUUGCUGCCAUUGACUACGAUGCCAUUUGCUCAAAGUGGAAGACGUCAAAGAUUGACCAUGCGCUUCUCGAGCGAUUCGAGCAAGUGACAGGCAAGAAGCCUCAUCGCUGGCUCCGACGCGGCCUCUUCUUCAGCCAUCGCGACUUCGACAAGAUCCUCACCAAGUACGAGCACGGCGAGCCCUUCUUCCUCUACACAGGUCGCGGUCCCAGCACCGGUAGUCUUCACCUUGGUCACACAAUUCCUCUCGAGUUCACAAAGUGGCUGCAAGAUGUCUUUGAUGUGCCCCUGGUUUUCAUGUUGACGGAUGACGAGAAGGCGCUGUUCAAGGACAACUUGACAUUUGAAGAGACUCUGAAAUACGCCAUGGAGAACGCACGAGAUAUCAUUGCGCUUGGCUUCGACCAAAAGAAGACUUUCCUUUACAGCGAUCUUCAGUACUUGAGCGGCCAUUUCCUCAUGAACGCCUGGGAGUUCUCCAAGCUGGUCACUUUCAACCAGGUCCGUGGAGCGUUUGGUUUCAAUGAGAGUUCCAACAUCGGCAAGAUCUUCUUCCCCUCGGUGCAGUGUGUCGCAGCUUUUGCGACAUCAUACCCGGAGAUCUGGUCUGACGAGCCUGCUACUACUCGAACAAAGGCGCUUGGCAAGAUCCAGUGUCUGAUUCCCAUGGGUAUCGACCAGGACCCUUACUUCCGACUCGUUCGAGAUAACGCCCACCGCAUGAAGAAUCCUUCACCAAAGCCUGCUUUGAUUCACUCCAAGUUCCUCACUGCCCUCCAGGGCGCCGGUGGCAAGAUGUCAUCUUCGAACCCCAACUCGGCCAUUUUCAUGACCGACACUGCUAAGCAGAUUAAGAACAAAAUCAACAAGUUUGCUUUCAGUGGUGGCCGAGAGACACUCGAGGAGCACCGCGAGAAGGGAGGAAACCCCGACGUCGAUGUGGCCUACAUCUACCUCACCUACUUUGAGGAUGAUGAUGAGAAGCUCCAGAAGGUUUAUGACGACUACAAGAGUGGAUCUCUCCUCACUGGUGAGCUGAAGAAGAUGGCAAUUGAGUCUCUCCAGCCUGUGGUUCAAAGCUUCCAGGAGCGACGAGCUGCUGUCACAGAUGAGGUUCUUAAGUCAUUCAUGAAGCCCAGGAAACUACAAUGGGGCGGAAACCCCAACCCUAAGCCUAAGGAGGACAAGAAGAAGGAGAAGGCUGAGAAGAAGCCCGAGGAAAAGAAGACCGAGCUGCCUGACCGUACUGUUGAGAAGUCUGCUUAGACAUGGAGGAAACAGGAUGGGGGUUCGUUCGUAUGUACGAGAAGGAAAUAUAAAAAAUAUUUGUAAAAGAAAACGGUGUUAUUGUG